AUGCGCACGCCGUCGAGCAUUGCCGUGCUUGUGGCCAGCUUAGCCCAGGCGCACGCUCAGUAUCUCGUUAAUGACCUCAGUUUCGGCUUUGGCAACAGGAUAGCUCCCGAAGGAUCUAGCACGGUGCCCAACUUCUCCCUCCAAGGCCGCCCCAACGUGCCCGAGCUACUCUCCAACAAGGUCAUCCUAACGCCGCCGGCUCCGGGGAACCAACGCGGCGCCAUCUGGGGCGACAGGUCGCUGCCGCACCAGAACUGGAUCGCCGAUGUCGAGUUCCGGGCCAACGGCCAGGAGCGCGGCGGCGGCAACCUGAACAUCUGGCUCGCGCGCGACGGCGCCCACUCGAUUGGUUCGGGCAGCAUUUACACGGUCGGCAGGUUCGAGGGCCUGGCGCUCGUUAUCGACCAGCACGGCGGGUCCGGCGGCAUGAUCCGCGGCUUCCUCAACGACGGCACCACUGACUUCAAGUCGCACCACACCCCCGACAACCUGGCCUUUGGCCACUGCCAGUUCUCGUACCGCAACCUGGGCCGCCCCUCGCAGAUCAAGAUGCGCCACUCAGAGACCAACUUCCGCGUCGAGGUCGACAGCCGCCUGUGCUUCGAGAGCGACAGGAUCCGCCUCCCCAGCGGCUACAGCUUUGGCGUCACGGCCGCCUCGGCCGACAACCCGGACUCGUUUGAGGUGUUCAAGCUGGUGGUGCUGAGCGAGGACAAUCACCACGCCCAGCAGCAGGACAAUGCGGCGGGCCAGGGGUACACCGCUGACGACAAGCAGCAGCAGCAGCAGCAGCAGCAGCAAUCACCGCCGCCACCAAAGGUGCCCCGCAUGACAUUUGGCCGGUCGGGGCAAAUCGAGGACCCGUUCGACACCGUGAUCCCGGACCAGGAGGCGGCCAAGAUCUCGAACCAGAAGGCGCAGUUCGAAGACCUGCACAACCGGCUGCAGAGCGUCAACCACCACCUGUCGAGCAUCUUCCGGGCCGUAGCGCAGGUCAACUCGGUCGGCGAGCAGCGGCAGGAGGAGCUGUCGAUUAUGCUGGGCGAGCUGAAAGGCCUAGUCGCACCAGCGCGCACGCUCGAGGCGCGCCUCGACGCCCUCGACGCCCGCCUCGCCGGCCUCGAGAAGGAGACGCGCGCUCUGCGCGGCGACCUCGCCGCCAGGCUGCGCGACUCGGAGAACGCCAUCAAGUACCACGUCUCGGACCAGCACGACACCCUCGCCUCCCACGUCACCGCUACGGCCCCCCGCCACACCCGCCUCAUUCUCGUCGUCGUCGGCUCCCAGCUCCUCCUCGCCGCCGCGUACGUCUACUACAAACGCAGGAAAUCCUCGCCCAAAAAGUAUCUCUGA